UUAAGCCAACAUCUCCCAAAUAAAACAUAAAAUUCCAUAAUUUGGUUUUGGUGUGUACUCGGAGCGAGCCAACUGACGUCGUAGAGAAACGCCUUCGUCAGAGACGGGAUACUUCUCUCUUUACCAAACCGACGCAAAUUCCUCCACCUUCUUCUUCUUCUUCUCGCUCCAUCUCUACAUUUUUCAUUCGAGAUUGAGCCUGUGGAGUGGAUUUCGCAGCCAUGAUUUCCUCCACGAAGCUCAAAUCUGUAGAUUUCUACAGGAAAAUACCAAGAGAUUUAACGGAGGCAACAUUAUCUGGUGCAGGAUUAUCAAUAGUAGCAGCUCUGUCCAUGGUGUUUUUAUUUGGAAUGGAAUUGAGUAAUUAUUUGAGUGUUAGCACAUCUACGUCUGUAAUUGUUGACAACAGUACUGAUGGUGACUUCUUACGGAUGGACUUUAAUAUCAGUUUCCCUGCACUCUCAUGCGAAUUUGCUGCUGUAGAUGUGCAUGAUGUGUUAGGAACGAAUAGGUUGAAUAUUACGAAAACAAUCCGUAAAUUUUCUAUAGAUUCAAAUUUGCGGUCCACUGGAUCUGAGUUUCACUCAGGACCACUAUCAAAUUUGAUUAAGCAUGGGGAUGAAGUAGAUGAAGAAACCAAAGAAGGUUCUGCCGUGUUGAAUGCUCGGAACUUUGAUAGAUAUGCUAAUCAGCAUCCUAUUUUGGUGGUUAAUUUUUAUGCCCCUUGGUGUUACUGGAGUAAUAGGCUGAAACCUUCAUGGGAGAAGGCUGCCAAAACUAUAAGAGAAAGAUAUGAUCCAGAAUUAGAUGGACGAAUUCUUAUGGCAAAGGUUGAUUGCACGGAAGAAGGUGAUUUGUGUCGGAAGCAUCAUAUACAAGGUUAUCCAUCUAUCCGCAUUUUUCGGAAAGGAAGUGAUGUAAGGGAUGACCAUGGACACCAUGACCAUGAAUCUUACUAUGGAGAUCGAGAUACGGACACGCUGGUUAAGACAAUGGAAGAUUUGAUUGCACCUCUUCCAGCGGGAUCACAAAAGCUAGCUUUGGAGGACAAAUCUAACAAUGCAACAGGAAAUGUUAAGAGGCCUGCUCCAUCAGCAGGAGGCUGCCGGAUUGAAGGAUAUGUUCGUGUAAAAAAGGUCCCAGGAAGCCUUGUAAUUGCAGCUCGUUCAGAAUCUCAUUCAUUUGAUGCAUCUCAAAUGAAUAUGUCACACAUAAUAUCCCACCUUUCAUUUGGUAGGAAGAUUUCCUCCAAGGCGUUUAAGGAUGCCAAACAAAUAAUUCCAUACAUUGGUAUAAGCCAUGACAGGUUGAACGGACAGUCAUUCAUUAAUCAGCGUGACUUGGGUGCAAAUGUUACCAUAGAGCAUUAUCUUCAAAUAGUUAAAACAGAGGUGUUGACAAGGAGAUCUGGUAAAUUACUUGAAGAGUAUGAAUACACAGCUCACAGCAGUGUGGCCCAGAGUCUGCAUAUACCCGUUGCGAAAUUCCAUUUUGAGCUCUCUCCCAUGCAGGUGGUGAUUACAGAAAACCAGAAGUCCUUUUCACAUUUUAUCACAAAUGUGUGUGCCAUAAUUGGAGGUGUUUUUACGGUGGCUGGAAUUUUGGAUGCACUUCUGCACAAUACUAUUAGACUCGUGAAGAAAGUUGAACUAGGCAAAAAUUUUUGAUAGUCAUAGUUUUACCAGGAAUUUUCACCACAUGCCGCUUUUUUUUCAGGACUUGUGAAACUUUAGUUAUAUAUAUAUAUAUAUACACUUUAUUAAACAAGCAAAGAAGUGGUGUUCUGUUGAAA